AUGAGUGAUCAUAAUUGUGUUGUGUUCAAUUGGAAUGUGAGGGGACUGAAUAACCCCGCACGUCGCCAAGUUGUUCGUGAUUUGGUUGUUCGCAACCGCGCCUCCAUUGUCUGUCUCCAAGAGACCAAACUGGACUCCGUGGAUAAAAGGCUAAUUUUGGAGCUCCUUGGCCCCUUGUUCACUGAUGCCUUCUGCUUCCUCCCCGCGGACGGAACCAGGGGAGGAAUUAUCUUGGCUUUCAGUUCUGACCUCUUCAACAUCCAGAGCUCCUCCACCACCGCCAACACGGUCUCUGCUACUAUUGUCAUGCGCGCCUCUAUCGCUUCUUGGAGUGUCACUGCCGUCUAUGGGCCGCAGGGGGACACAGAGAAGAUGGCAUUCAUCAAUGAGAUCAAGGCUAUCCGCCCCACCAUGCUGCCGGCCUGGCUUCUCCUAGGAGAUUUCAACCUCCUUUGCAAGGCUGCGGACAAGAGCGACGCCACCAUCAGCCGCAGACUGAUCAAUGCUUUCACUUCUGCUCUGAACUCCAUGGAACUCUCUGAGCUGCGACUUCACGGUCGACGCUUCACCUGGGUGAGCUCUUGCCAGCUGCAGACAAAGACCAAAAUUGAUCAUGUUUUCUGCACCUUGGACUGGGGACUGCUUUUCCCCCAAUGCUACCUGAGGGCCUUAUCCUCCUCGGUCUCUGACCACUGUGCCAUGGUUCUCACUGGACAGAUCAACCACCGGCGCUUCCGCGGCUUCCGUUUUGAAAAUUAUUGGUUAAAGAUGAGAGGUUUUGAUGAUGCGAUUAUCCUUGGCUUGGACCAUGCUCAAGACCACAGAGACCUUACUAUUGCUGAAAUCGGUCUAAGGCACUAUCUAAAGCGCAAAUUGCUUGGCCUUGCUGCAAUCCAAUGCAUCAGGAUCAGGCAAAGAUCAAGGGUCUUAUGGCUUCGUGCGGGUGAUGCUAAUUCUCGGCUGUUUCACAUCAAGGCCAACGGGAGACGCCGCCGCAAUUAUAUUCCCCUUUUGCAGACCGAUCAUGGCCAAUUCACCACCCAAGCUGACAAGCAUGCUGAGCUUCACAAGCACUUCUCUGUCACCAUUGGCUCAGUUAAAGCAAGGAACCAAUCACUUAAUUGGGAUGCCUUGGACCUUCCCAGACUUGACCUUUCCUCCCUGGAUGCCCCGUUCACAGAGGAGGAAAUUAAAGCGGCAGUUUUUGGUCUACCUUCCGGUAAGGCGCCUGGGCCGGACGGUUUCACCGCUGAUUUUUUCAAGCACUGCUGGGAGGUGAUUAAGCAUGAUCUUACUGCGGCCAUAUGUCAGUUCUUCAACCUUCGCGGUAAUCAUUGGCACAUGUUGAAUUCUGCUCACAUUACUCUUCUGCCCAAAUCCAAUGAGGCUUCUCGCAUCAAGGAGUUCCGCCCCAUCAGUCUCAUGCACUCUGUCGGAAAGAUUGUUUGCAAGAUGUUGUCCAUCCGCCUGGCUCCGUUCCUAUCAGUGUUGAUCCCUCCCUCCCAGAGCGCUUUCAUCAAGACUCGCAGCAUCCAUGACAACUUCUUGUUUGUCAAGAAUGCCGUCCGGAAAUUACACUCUGUCAACGAUCCUGCUCUACUUCUGAAGCUUGACAUCGCUGGUGCCUUCGACAACGUUUCCUGGUCCUACAUGCUCGAGCUUAUGCCACGACUAGGCUUUGGGAGUAGGUGGUGCGACAUGGUCUCGCUGCUUUGGAGCUCCUCGUCUUCCCGUGUUAUGGCGAAUGGCGAGCUUGGCCAGCCCCUCUCCCACCGGUGUGGUCUACGCCAAGGUGACCCUCUCUCACCCAUGCUCUUUACUCUCGCCAUCGCUCCACUACAUUGGCUUUUUGCGCGUGCUGCCUCUUCUGGAGCCUUGUCCCCGAUCAAGUUACCCCCCUCCCAACUUCAGGUUAGUCUUUAUGCCGAUGACGCGGCUCUGUUCAUCGCCCCCAACGAGGCGGACAUCCUCCUCACAAAACACAUCCUCUCCAGCUUUGGCAUUGCUUCAGGCCUUGUCUGUAACAUUAGUAAGAGUGGCAUCUACCCCAUCUCCUGUGAACACAUAAACCUAGAAUCACUUCUACAGCACUUCCCCGUGCCUGUGCUUCAAUUCCCCUGUCGAUACCUUGGUCUCCCUCUCCACUAUAAGAUCAUCACCAGGGCUGACAUCCAACCUAUUCUGGACAAGUUGGCUUCCAAACUUCAACGUUGGCGCGGCAAGCUCCUGUCUGGGGACGCUCGUCUGCGGCUUAUUAACUCCGUGCUCUCCGCCAUUCCGGUGUACUUAAUCACCAUCUUUAAGCUUGGUGCUUGGGCCAUCAAGCAAAUUGACAAGCUACGGCAGAAAUUCCUGUGGCGCUCCCGGCCGGAGGCAGACAAGGGCAUUGCUCUGGUCAACUGGUCCACGUUGUGGAAGGCCAAGGUCGAGGGCAAAUGCAGGUUCUUCUUCUGGCUUUUCCUCAAGGGCAAAAUUCUGACCAACGACAACUUGGCAAGGCGUGCACUCCCGCACAAUCCGAGGUGCAAUCUCUGCGAUCAGGAAGAAGAAUCUGCCUUCCAUCUUAUCCUGCAAUGCCCCUUUGCACGCUCUGUGUGGCACCUGGUGGAGAACUUCCAUUCUGCUCCUGGACUGGCCACGGCUGCCAUGCAUGACACCUCUAUCAUCUCCUGGUGGAAUGAUGUAAUCUGCCCCCUUGGCAAGAAGACCACCACCACGGCCAUUUACACCUGCUGGAAUAUCUGGAAGGAACGAAACAGACGCGUAUUCGAGCAUAAGACUCUUGCUGAGCAGGGUGUGCUUCUCCUCAUCAACCAGGAAAUUCUUCAACCUAUGCUUUCAUCUCACUGGCUUAGUGAUGUUGAGAACCAGCCAGAACCUGAGCCAGACUAG